CAUCAAAAGUAAACGACGAUAGAAUUAAAGUAUGGACUUUGCAGAACCCAGAACAAAACGGAACCUCAGACAACUCAAAUAACCACAACGGAACGACCAGCGCAACCACGAACAAGCCACCACUCUAUGUCAGGAGAAAGAAGAAACAAGUCAACGGCGCUGAGAAAGAAGAAGACAACAAGACCAAACAACAAAUCAAUUCCCAAGCAUCGGAAGUUAAACUGACUUUUUGUCAGAAAUAUUUGUCAUGGCGCUUUCUGAUGGUUUUCUUGCUACAGUCUUCCUUUGUGGUGGCCAUAUUUAUCAGGAACUGUUUGCCCAUGGCAAUAGUUUGUAUGGUCAAACCAAAAGCUCCACUGUCGACGGCCUUGGGUUCGAACACCACGAAUUUUGCUGAGCAUCUUACGGAGAGUAGAUUUCAGAACACACAGUCUCUGUUUGACAAUGUAUCGUUUUACAAUGAAAGCACGCAUCAAGAGGAAUCAACCUAUGAGUUCGAUUGGGACCCUGAAGUGCAAGGACUGGUCCUCACAUCCAUCAUGUUCACCUCAUUCAUAGGCCCACUCCUGGCCAACGCCAUGAAGGAGAAGCUGGGCAAUAAACUCACUUUGACAAUAUUAACUCUGGUGUCCACAUUGUUGACCUUUUUGAGUCCGGUGGCAGCAAGGAUCAAUCCCUAUUUACUGGUAGCGCUUCGGAUACUCAUUGGUAUUUCUGUGGGUGGUAAUGUGUCAGUGAUCGGUGACUGUAUUGCCUGGUGGGCCCCACAGGAUGAAAAGCUGACGAUGGUUGCUCUAACAUUCACAGGUGUCAACAUUGGGAGCAUCCUAGCAUCGGUGCUGUCUGGCUACCUGUGUCUGGUACCCCUGGACAAUGGAUGGCCUUUCGUGUUUUACACCUUUGGGUUCAUUAGCUUGAUCUGGUGUCUUUGCUGGUACUUGCUGAUCUCAGAGAAACCAGAAGAGCACCCGUACAUCUCAGAGAAGGAGAAACAAUACAUCAUAGCUCACAGAUCCGGACUGAGUCAACCAUCAGAGGGGGUAAAAGUGAAGCUGCCAUAUCGCCAGCUGCUGACAUCAGGUCCUGUCCUCGCCUACUUCGCUACAACAACUUGCCAUGUCUGGUCCACCCUGCUUGUGUUUACCUACCUACCCUUGUACUUCAACAAGGUGAUGAAGUUUACCGUCCAGGAGACAGGACUGCUGGUUUCUCUGACGUCCACAUUUAGAAUGAUUGGGACCUUCAUUUGGACGGUAAUCGGAAACAAGCUCGUGUCUGUGGUCAGCGUCAACAAAUCCAGGAAAAUAUGUAUCUGUUCUGGCUUUAUGCUGGGAGGGGUUACGGCAGUAAUCGUUGGAUUCUUCGACCACAACUAUAAAUGGCUGGUCUUGGGUCUGCUAAUUGUUCUGAUGUUGGCCCAGUCGGUUGGCUCAUGCACGAUUUCCGCGUUACCUCUGGACAUUGCACCAAGAUAUGCUGGCGUGUUGACUGGGAUGUGUCUCUCUUUUGCAAGCCUGAUCGGUAUUUCAGGGCCCCUGCUUGCAGCUGCUAUUACCCCAGAAGGAACCCAGGAAGAAUGGCAAACAGUAUGGAUUGUCAUGGGUUGUGUAUUUAUCACCGGAUUUGUCAUAUUUUUAUUGUUUGGUCAAGCCACCCUGCAGCCCUGGGCCACCGGCACAGAAGCCCAACAUCCAAACAUAAUGUCACCGUUUGUGACAAUGGCACGCAGGUUUUCCACCUUCCUAGAAGCGCCGCCAUUGUCGCCAGUGACUCCUCGCGAUAAAGGCUUCAAUUUUUCUAUUAACUACUCGAGUCAAUCUGCAAUUGUGUUGACACAACUAGCAACCGCAACUCCGGAUAUAUAUUACACUGGAAAUUUUGAUUUGACUAAAUCCAUUGUUCCAGAAAACAAUUUAGUACCAACGCCAGAGAACCAGGAGUCAGAGGACAAUGAAAGCAGUGAAAAUGAUGAUAGCAAAUAUGAGAACGAAAAUGUCAAACAAAUUAAGGAAGUCCGAAGGAGAGCAUAUUCUGAGUCAGUUUUGGAUGUAUAUAAAUCAAAUAUAGCGCAAGAAACUAUAAAAGAGGAACAAGGACUAGCGUUUGGGUUUGACUGGCAGAACAAGGUGGAUAGAAGCGCCGCUGGAGAGACUACAACAGAGACUCAAAACGUACAGACGCAAGGGAUAGAUAACAACGCUUACGAAAAUCAGGAAAAUGUUAAUGAGGUAAACUCAGAUGGUACUCAAAUCGCACGUCUUUAA